AGCUCCGACGCAGUCCUCGAGACGGGCAAUUCGAUCUAGCAUUGUAAUUCCUUCGUUGUCUUACAUACCACCAGAGAUCUUACACGAGCGAGCCGAUACCAACAACCUUUGGCUCCUAGCUCGUUUUAUGGGUUUGUAUUAACCCCAAAGAACUUGAGCCAAGUCAAUCUAUAUGCCUAGGUUUCCAGUCACCUUCCGGCGGAAAUCGACCGCAGCAGAAGAUCCAAAUGGACCGAUAGCAGAGCAUUCGUUUCGGGUCCUCGAGAGAUCGGAAGUGAGCAAUGGGAAAUCAUUUGAUGGCGGCGCCAGGUUGGCUAGGAUGACGGCGGCGGCGCCUAAGCCCAACAUUCAUUCCGAUCUUGCAGCUGAGGAUAAUCUUUUUGCGGGCUUAAAGAAUAAUCGGUACGUGCGAAUUAGUGGCAGUGGAAGUUCCAACACUACAAAGACGGCGUCCGAUAACUCUUCCCGUCACAGCAACGCCUCAACAGCCCCCUCCUCAACCGACUUCCCGCAACAGGAAGACUGGCGUAACAGCGCUGGAAGAAAACAUUCGUCGAUGUCCGACGGUCCUGCACCACCGCCACAUAAGAACGGUGGCGGUUUUUUAAAGCAGGCAGGAAGGACUUUCUCCUUUGGCAACAAAAAGGCAUCCUUACCGACGAUACCAGCCGAGGAAUCCGUCCCCGCCGUACCCUCGAUGCCUGACGAGUACAGCCCCGGUACACCACGUGGUCGCUCUCGAGCCGAGACUGCCUCCACCACUAGCACCGCAACGCCUCCGAAGGUUGAAGAUAGGGAUUUCAUGUUGGAUCUAGGAGGUGAUUUAAGCAGCAUGCUUAAAUUUGAUAAACGUGCGAGCGUUGCUACGCUCAAGGGAUUAAUGUCGAACCGAGUCAGCCAGCCUGCUCCACUUAAUAUCGACCACACCGCGCCCAUCGAACCCCCGCAGCACUCAUGGAACAGUCAGCAUUCGAACGAUGGGCUUUUGGGUCCUGGCCGAACCUUGACAUCCCCUCCCGUUACCAGUGAACCACGGCCCCCUCCCGUUCCGAGACAUCACACCACACCCCUCGAGCGGCGACGUUCGGACGAAGAUGACGAAGAUACGGUUUUACUCAGAGAUUCAAUUGCAGCCACUCAAUUCCUUUCUAACGAGGCAUCGGGUCCCAGCGGUGGUUCUGCCAGAUACAGGAGGGACGAAGACGAUAUUUCAGAAUUGAGAUCCAACCAUGCGGACACGUACUCCAAAUCGUCUCGAUUCGGUGCCAAGGCUGACGAUGACAAUAUGUUCGACAGACCCCUCAGCCGUCCUAGGUUCGUUGCAAGACAAAAUGGUCGCACGAAUGGUCCGUCGCAAAACAAAGUCAUGACUCCUGCAGAGUUCGAGAAAUAUCGCCAAGAUAAAGCACGAGAGGAAAUAAUGGGAUUAAACGAUGAUCCGGAAUCAGGCAAAGAGGAGGAGGAUAAUUACGACGAUGAUGAGGACGAGCGGGAGAAAACAAGACAGCUUGCCAAGCAAAGAAAGAAGCAAGAGGCUCAUAUGACGGUGUACAGACAACAAAUGAUGAAGGUGACUGGCGAGUCUGGGAAUGCGAAUGCGAACUCCAACGCGAACGCGAACACAAGUAGCCAUGCUUCUCACCCUAGCAUUUCAUUGUCAAUGAGCACACCAAACUUGGUACUCAACGACGGGCCUACCAAAGGUGUAUCCCCAUCUCCUCCUGAUGAUGGCUCCGAAUCGGACGAAGAGGUGCCUCUAGCAAUUCUCGCCGCUCACGGGUUUCCCAACAAGAAUCGGCCGCCGACACGGCUUACUAAUAUGUCGUCUAAUCCUAAUCUGCGAGCUUCUGUCCAGCAGCCUUCGUACGUCGGUGGGCCAGGAUCUGUCGUGGGCGAAAGUACUGGGGCUAAUGGGGGUCAUCUUCCUCCGUUUGCUCGAAAGUUGCCGCAGGACCCAUACCUUGGUGCAGGUUUGAUCAACCAGCCCCCGAGAGAGUCAUUCGCUCUCGGAGGCGGUAUUGGUCCCUCUAACCCGCCAGUACCUACUGGAGGCCUAGUGGGUGUAAUUGCCAACGAGGAACGUUCGAGGGCCAUGCGGCGUGGCAGUCCAGCUAUUGAUAACUCGAGGAGCAUUCAAGCGAACGGGAUGCGGAUGAAUGGAGGCUUUGAUCCUAUAAAUGGCAUUCCUCCCCAGAUGAUGUACCCAAUGGGUAUGCCCCAAAUGCCGAACCAAAUGAUGACUCCAGGCGAUCAAAUGCAAAUGCAAAUGUCGCAACAAAUGCAGCAGUUUAUGCAGAUGCAGAUGCAAUUCAUGCAAAUGAUGUCCGAUCGAGGACAAGGACAAGAUCAGAUGCAGGGAUCUCUCCGGCCUCAAGGACAUAUGCCAACGCAUUCAAUGGGCUCGCUGGGAGACAUACCACGGAAUUCGUUUAUGGGCGAUAUGAUGGGAAGUAACAUGAUGGGCAAUAAUAUGAUGGGAAAUAAUAUGGGUAAUGGGAUGAGUCUGGAUUUGCCAAGAGGUGAUAGUCAAAUGCGGACGAUGAGCAUGGUCCAGCCAAGUUCAGCGUCGUGGCUCCAACCUCCGCAGAACGGCUAUGCCCCAUCAAUCCGCGCUCAAGGUCAAGGUUAUGCGCCGUCCAUUGCACCCUCAGAGCGUAGCAACAUCGGUUUGCCUGGACGUUACCGACCAGUCUCUAGCGUCACUAUGCUCGAUCACGGAAGAACGACCAGCAUGUCCGGCGCUUUACCGACUCUACACUCGAAACUCCAAGCUGAAGUGAAGGUGUCGCCGAUGAACAAUAAGGAGGACGAUGACGAUGAUGAACAAGGAUGGGAAGCGAUGAAGGCGAAGAGGGAGAAGAAGAAGAGUAUGUGGCGGACCAAGAAGACAUUUGGGGAUGAUAUUGGAGCACUUAUCCACUAAAGGGCGCAUGUGCAUUUUACGAGGCUAUAUCUAGCAUUAUAUUCGGCUACAUAAAAUGGAGCAUGUGCGAGGAAUAUCGGUAAAAAUUA